GUCAUAAUUGGACGCUCAUUCCUCCAGUCACGCUGCAGCUGCGACUCACUCAGCUCCAUCACAUCCACCUCUUUCCCGCGGAGUCAGUCUUUCUUUUUUUCAAGGAGAGCUACUGUUUAUUCACUCAUCCUGCACAAGAACCAGCAUCGGGAAAGCUCAAAGCUCUCGGACUUCUUUUUUUUUUCUCCCCACAAGUUAAAUCUCUUUUUCAUUCAAUGGGUCCGUGUGUAGUGCUGCUCUGCUCUCUGUUCGGAGUUCUCCUUGGCCAAGGAGCAGAGCCGAUCUCCAUAAAGGACUGUUGUAAAGAUGGCCAGAGGCAUGCCAGUGUUAACACAGACUGCGCGUCCCUCCCUCUCAUGUCUGAGUCAACCACAUGCAGGAUAGUGCAGGAGCAGUGCUGUGUAACAGUGCUGGAGGAUAACAUGUGCACCACUGGUAUCAACAUGGCCAAAGACCAAGGAGCCUGCGAUUCUUUAUUCACCAACACCUGUGAGACCAAGACUACGAAGAUGUGCUGUGACUGUUGUCUUCUGGGGAAGGUAGCCCAGGAGCAGGGCCUAACCUGUGACCACAACCUGUCAGUGGGUUACCAGUGUAGCCUGGUGUUCCGGGCCUGCUGCGUGAAUGAAGCUGCAGACAACCAGACCACACCCACAGCAAAAACUGAAUUUCUAAACACGGAUGAAACCAAUGGAGACAAUAGAGAUAAUUCAGUCUUAAGUGAGCUCUGCCAAGGUAAAUGUGCUCAUAACUGUGUGGGCAAUGACACUUGCAACUGCUUCAAAGGCUACAAACUCAAGCCAGAUGGAAAGAGCUGUGAAGAUAUCAAUGAGUGCCUGCUGGGAGCCAGCAACUGUCGGGCAGGAGAGCGCUGUAUCAACACAGACGGUUCCUUCCGUUGCCAGAGAGAGGUCAGCUGUGGGACUGGCUAUGAACUCACUGACAACAACAACUGCAAAGAUAUUGACGAGUGUGAGACUGGAAUCCAUAACUGUGGCCCGGAGUUUGAGUGCCAAAACACCCAAGGGUCAUUCCGUUGUCUCCCUAAGGUCAAGUGUGGUGCUGGCUUUAUCCAGGAUGCCCUUGGGAACUGCAUUGAUAUCAAUGAAUGUGUUAGCCAGACAGGCCCAUGCCACCGCGGGCAGACCUGUAUCAACACAGUUGGAUCCUACAUCUGCCAGAGGAACUCUGUUAACUGCGGUCGAGGAUACCACCUCAACGAAGAGGGCACACGCUGUGUUGAUAUUGAUGAGUGUAAGGGCCCUGAAAAGGUUUGUGCAGGUCAUGGUUGCAUCAACCUGAUGGGCUCCUACCGCUGUGAGUGUGAGGGUGGCUACAUCUUUAACAGCAUCAGUCGGACUUGUGAGGAUAUUAAUGAAUGCAGGCACUAUCCUGGCCGCCUGUGUGCUCAUAAGUGCGAAAACACUCUGGGAUCCUACCUGUGUAGCUGCACUAUCGGCUUCAAGCUAGCUGCUGAUGGCAGGAACUGUGAUGAUUUGAAUGAGUGUGAGAGCAACCCAUGCAGUCAGGAGUGUGCCAACGUGUACGGCUCCUACCAGUGUUACUGUCGCCGUGGCUACCAGCUCAGUGACAUAGAUGGCAUGACUUGUGAAGAUAUAGAUGAGUGUGCCCUGCCCACUGGAGGUCAUAUUUGCUCAUAUCGCUGUCACAACACUCCUGGCAGCUUCCACUGUUCAUGUCCUGUUACUGGCUACACUUUGGCACCGAAUGGCCGCAGCUGCCAGGACAUUGACGAAUGCGUGACGGGAACACACACAUGCUCGGAGAAUCAGAGCUGCUUUAAUGUACAGGGAGGGUUCAGAUGCUUGUCCUUCGAAUGUCCGAACAACUACCGGCGCGUUGGAGAUACUCGAUGUGAACGCUUGCAUUGCAAUGAGUCUGUCGAGUGCCUGGCCAUGCCCCUGAGAAUAACCUACUACUACCUCACCUUCCCCACCAACAUUCCCGUCUUCACCAACAUCUUCCGCAUGGGCCCCACACACACCGUGGCUGGCGAUGACAUCCAGAUUGUUAUCACCGCUGGCAACGAGGGCGGUUUCUUCAAGACGGAGAAGGUGCCCACAGGCGGCGUGAUGUCGGUGGCAAGGCUCAUCAACAAGCCACAGGACUUCGAUCUGUCUCUGGAGCUAAGGCUGCGUCGCUACGGCACUCUCAGCACGUAUCUGGCUAAAGUGAUGGUGUUUGUUACCCAGGAGGAGCCCAGAGUACCUUACAAUCCCCUACUAGAAUAAACACAAGAGUAUAGUUACACAAGUUACUACAGUCUUAAAAAAGAUGUGUCAUUUUUAAUACAUUGCUCCAUAGAGGAAAAAAGGACACCCCCCCCCAAAAAAAAAUAUAUAUAUAUAUGUUUGAGAGAUGACCAUACAUUAUGUUGAUAGCAAAGCAUGGUGAUGCCAUGUAGACUACUGCAUGUGAUGUAAUGCAUAGAUAUAUCCAUUUAAAUAUACAUAUAAAUUAGGAUUUGCAGUGACUACUUAUUCAUCUUUAUAACCACAGAUCAUUUAUUUGUCUUUCUUUCAUAGAUGUAUGCAAUUAGGUUAAGGCUUGCCUCAACAUGUGAAUUAUGCUAAUUCUAAUAAAUCACAAAUAUGACCCUGUUCAACACUAAACACUUGUUAAAAAUGACACAUCAUUUUUAAGAGAGGAUAUGAAAAAAAAGUUACAACACACAAAAUCAAGAGAAAGAAGCACAGCUUUUAAGUACAUAAUCAACUUUUUAACACUACAAUUAAGGAUCAUUAUUCAGCAGUACAAAUUAGGGUCCAAUUGAAUGUAUCCUCUUGGAGGCGAAGCAUCGUGAUAGCCGCUAGGUGGCGUUCUAGGUCAGAGUAAAUCAUCAAAUGGUAACGACCCAAGACUGCCUACAACUGAGUGUAAUUUGAUGAUGGUUGCAUGAUAAAGUCUGACGUUUUGCAGUAUUUUAUGGUUUAUGUGUUGGAUGAACAGUUUUCUAUUAAAAUUGAAAUAGAAAUAACA